AAAAAUCCAACACGAUUUUUAAGCUGCUCUUCUUGUGAGAGUUAUUAAUGCUGUGACUGGUAUGCAUGAAAUUCACUGUUAAUGUUUAGCUAGCGCGGGAUCACUGAGAUUGACGCGGCCCCUGCUCGUAACGGAGGAGCUCAAAGUAAUGAUACCGACGUAUGGCUCAGAUACCACCACACAAAGUUGAACUAAACAUAUUGAAAGAUCACAGCGAAUGCUGCACUUGUUAUUAUUUUGAAUUUGGACUGCCUCGGUUCAUGUUUUAGUGGUUAUUGCACUUGGUGCUGUUGAUUUUUCAUUGUUGAAAAAAGUGUGUAAUUUGUUGUUUACAAUCGCAUCAAUUUGCUACCGGCCUAAUCUCCAGCAUCCAACAUAGCAGCGUUCCCCUUACAGAUUAUUUAAAAGGAGUUUUCGGUUGUCACCCGUUAAAUGUGUAUGCAACAUUGAUUGGCGAAUCUAACCAGUCGCAACCCAUUUGGAGUAUUCAGCUAAAACAACAUAAAUGUGCAACGAUGCACCUUCUCGACUGCAAGCCAUCUGAAGCAGCGAAUCAAUCAAAGGCAUUAAAUGAGUCCGUUACAUCAUAGGCAGAUGCCAACUAAGUCAAUGAUACCAACAAACAACAUAUGAUCACUUUCCAUUGCAAAAAUUACAACAUUACUGCGCAAAAGCUGAAUUGAAAGAAAUAUUUAAAUGCAAUUCUAGUGAGAAGAAACCAACGCCAAAAGCAUAAAGCUGCUGAAGUCACAAUCACAGUCGAAAAAGUUUUACAAAAAUUAUUGCACAGCUGCAUCGAUUCGACGACGGUGCUGCCGUGCUUCUUGUAUGAAUGUGUGUAUGUACGGAUAAAACGGUCUUCGUUCAAGUCAAAAGCGAGUCAGAAAAAUGUAUCGCCCAAACUUCUAUGAAUCAACGUGCCUGCGAUGCAACGAAAUCGUCUAUCAAGUCGAUCGAGUGGGACCUCUCAAAGACUUCACAUUCUUCCAUUCCGGCUGCUUUAAAUGUGUCCAUUGCGGCACAAAGUUAACACUUAAAACGUAUUUCAAUAAUCAGCACAAGCAGGACGACAAGGAGGUUUACUGUAGUUCACAUGUACCAAAGAGUGGACCUGGCCAUUUGGAUCAAACAUCAGUGGGUAUAAGACAGGCUUUGAAUGCGCCACGCACCAACAAAUACGUCAAUGAGCAAAUCCGCGGUACACGCACCGACGUUGACGGUGGAUUGGGUUCACGUCAAUCGACACCAAAUGGUUAUGGCAGCCGAGAUGUCAGCUCUCCGUCACAAAACGAUUCCGAUUACAAAUAUGGCAGAUUCGAUGCGAGCGCACUGCAUAUUGCGCAUGCGCUCAAGCAAACAGAAAUACAAAAAGCCUACAAUAAGAUGAGAGAAAAGCCAAUAGAUUUCUAUUUGGGUCGUGAGGAGCAAGCACGUCUUGAGAUGAAACAUCGAAAGGAGGAAGAUGACUUAUACCGUAAAUUUGCCCGCAAACGUGAGGAGGAAGAUCGCAAAAUUCAGUCUGAAUUCCAAGACGAAUGGGAACGCGAACUGCAGCGCCUCACACACAAAUUCGAAAAGGAGCUGGCCACUUCGCGGCGUAAUCGAGAUGAACAGAAUAUGCUUACGCUGCGGCACGAACAGCAAAAGGAGGAUCUAGAAAAGAAUAUGACACUGCGACGCAGCAAAAAGAAAGAAAGUAUUACACGAAAAAUGCUUGAACACGAGCGGUAUGAAACGGCGGCAUUAGUGGAUCGUCAAUCUAGUGAAAUGUUGGAGUUGAUCAGUGCGCGCCGUUCGGAAUACAUGCAGAAUGAGAGCAUAUUUUUAGACGAUGAUUUUGACGAAGGUGCCGUCCCUCUCGAAUAUCCAAUGGUGGCACCGGCACCAGCUCCACCAGCUGUGAGCAAAUUCCAAAUAUAUACUGAUCCCAUUGAAUUCGAAGAUGUUGAUCGCAUCGCAAUAUCGGUAGCGCAAGAAGAUCAGAAAACCUUCACCGACUUAGUACGACAAUUAGUAGGUCGAUGCACCACAGACAUAGAAAAGGCUCGAACGAUUUUCCGAUGGAUAACCGUUAAAAACUUAAAUGCAAUGCAUUUCGAUGAUGACCUGCGUGGAGACACGCCGAUGGGUUUAUUGCGAGGCAUCAAAUACGGAACUGAAAGCUAUCAUGUUCUGUUCAAGCGACUCUGCAGCUACGCCGGUCUGCACUGUGUAGUGAUCAAAGGCUAUUCGAAGAGUGCUGGAUACCAGCCAGGCGUGAAAUUCCAAGAUUCCCGGUUCCGUAACUCUUGGAAUGCAGUAUAUGUAGCAGGAGCAUGGCGCUUUGUGCAAUGCAAUUGGGGCGCUCGCCAUUUGGUUAACGCAAAGGAAGCGCCCAAAACUGGACGUGGGAAAAACGACAGUCUAAGAUAUGAAUAUGAUGAUCACUACUUUCUUACGGACCCACGAGAAUUCAUCUAUGAAUUUUUCCCUCUACAAGAGGAGUGGCAACUGCUUAAAAGACCAAUUACUUUGCGAGAAUUUGAAAAUUUACCAUUUGUACGUUCGCUUUUCUUCCGGUACGGUCUCCAUUUCGCAGAUGAAGGUUAUGGCGCUGUAGUUUAUACAGAUGACACAGGUGCAGCAACUGUUCGUAUUGCCAUGCCUACCGACAUGCAGAGCUGUCUGAUUUUCCACUACAAUCUAAAGUUUUAUGACAGCGACGAGGACUCCUAUGACGGCGUCUCACUAAAGCGUUUUGUUAUGCAAUCAGUCAUUGGAAACAUUGUAGCUUUUCGUGUACAUGCGCCGUGUUCCGGUGCCUUUCUUUUGGACAUAUUUGCUAACGCAGUAACACCACAGGAAUACUUAACAGGCGAACCUAUGAAAUUUAAGUCUGUUUGUAAAUUUAAGAUUUGUUGCGAAGAGUUACAAACGGUGAUGGUACCAUUGCCGGAUUGCGCAAGCGGAGAAUGGGGUCCAACAAAGGCGACAAGACUCUUUGGAUUGAUACCAAUAACUCAUCAAGAUCCACUUAUAUUUGCCGGACGAAGUUUAGACCUUCAGUUUCGCAUGUCACGCCCGCUAACCGAUUUUAUGGCCACAUUACACAAGAAUGGAAUCGAAGAAAAAAAACUAUCCAAGUACGUGACGCACAGCACUUUGGAUGACAUUGUAACUUUCAUAAUAAACUUUCCCGAGGAGGGUCAAUAUGGACUGGAUAUCUAUACACGUGAAGCGGGCGCCAUGGCUUCACAUCAUAGCAACUCAUCAUCCGGUGAAAAGCAUCUACUCACGCACUGCUGUAAAUACCUAAUCAAUUCAUCGAAGCGGAACUAAAAGCGCAUAAUUAUAUAACUAUGAAUGCAAUGCUGUUGUUACAAUAAUUUUAGUGUAAAUGCGAGAAUUACCAAUUAAUCGUAAGAGUUUAUUAUGCUUAACACCAAUUGUUUAAAAAAAAUUAAUUCCAUGCAUAUCAAUAUACAAUAUUAUACAUAUUAAAAUCCAAAUAAUAUUGAACUAUGUACAACUUUACAAUACAUAAAUAAUAAAUAUACAUAAUUGCAAUAUUUUA